CCAAUUUUCAUUUCUAGAAUGCUACGUUUAGCAACAGUGCUACGCCAGAUGAGGCCAGUAUCCAGAGCACUUGCUCCACAUCUCACAAGAGCCUAUGCCAAAGAUGUUAAAUUUGGAGCAGAUGCGAGAGCCCUUAUGCUACAGGGGGUGGAUCUUCUUGCUGAUGCAGUAGCUGUCACCAUGGGACCUAAGGGAAGAACGGUAAUUAUUGAACAGAGCUGGGGAAGCCCUAAGGUGACUAAAGAUGGUGUGACAGUAGCCAAGGCCAUUGACUUGAAGGACAAAUACAAAAACAUUGGGGCCAAACUGGUUCAAGAUGUUGCCAACAAUACAAACGAAGAGGCAGGAGAUGGCACUACCACUGCAACAGUAUUGGCACGUUCCAUCGCCAAGGAGGGGUUUGAAAAGAUCAGUAAAGGAGCAAAUCCAGUAGAAAUCAGAAGAGGGGUGAUGUUAGCUGUAGAUGCUGCUAUUACAGAACUGAAGAAAUUAUCCAAACCAGUCACAACACCUGAAGAAAUAGCCCAGGUUGCUACAAUAUCAGCAAAUGGAGAUAAGGAAAUUGGUAACAUAAUCUCUGAUGCCAUGAAAAAAGUGGGACGAAAAGGUGUAAUCACAGUUAAGGAUGGGAAGACUUUGAAUGAUGAGUUGGAAAUCAUUGAAGGCAUGAAGUUUGACAGAGGCUACAUCUCUCCCUACUUCAUAAAUACUGCCAAAGGACAGAAAUGUGAAUUCCAAGAUGCCUAUGUGCUAAUCAGUGAAAAAAAGAUUUCCAAUGUUCAGACGAUAGUACCGGCUCUUGAAAUUGCCAAUAAUCACCGUAAGCCUUUAGUCAUUAUUGCUGAAGAUGUUGAUGGAGAGGCCCUCAGCACUCUUGUAUUAAACAGGCUGAAGGUUGGCUUACAGGUUGUUGCAGUAAAAGCACCAGGUUUCGGUGACAAUAGGAAAAAUCAGCUUAAAGAUAUGGCCAUUGCGACAGGUGGUGCUGUGUUUGGGGAAGAAGGCUUGUCCUUAAAUCUGGAAGAUAUUCAACCUCAUGACUUCGGUAAAGUUGGGGAAGUCAUUGUGACCAAAGAUGACUGCUUGCUACUUAAAGGGAAAGGUGAUAAAGCCCAAAUUGAAAAACGCAUUGAGGAAAUAGUUGAACAACUAGACGUUACAACAAGUGAAUAUGAGAAGGAGAAGCUGAAUGAACGUCUGGCUAAACUUUCUGAUGGAGUGGCUGUACUGAAGGUUGGAGGAACCAGUGAUGUUGAGGUGAAUGAAAAGAAAGACAGAGUCACUGAUGCCCUUAAUGCCACUCGUGCUGCUGUAGAAGAAGGCAUAGUUCUAGGUGGUGGCUGCGCACUGCUUCGAUGUAUUCCAGCGCUAGAUGCUUUAACUCCUGCUAAUGAAGAUCAGAAAAUAGGCAUAGAGAUCGUCAAGAGAACACUGAAAAUUCCAGCAAUGACUAUUGCUAAGAAUGCAGGUGUCGAAGGGUCACUUAUAGUUGAGAAAAUCAUGCAAAGUGCUCCUGAGGUGGGAUAUGAUGCCAUGCUUGGUGACUUUGUAAAUAUGGUAGAAAGAGGCAUCAUUGAUCCAACAAAGGUUGUAAGAACAGCCUUGAUGGAUGCAGCAGGAGUUGCCUCUCUUCUUUCGACAGCAGAAGCAGUGGUAACUGAAAUCCCUAAAGAGGAAAAAGAACCUGCCAUGGGAGGAAUGGGGGGUGGAAUGGGAGGAGGCAUGUUUUAAUCGUGGCUAUCAUGGAUGUACAUCAUAAACUACAAUGAGUGGCUUGAUAGCUUAAAUACGAACUUCAGGUCAGCAUGAGACAGGAUGGAUGGUGACUGCAGAAGGGCAGUGUUUGAAAAGAAUCACUGUACUACUAGUUACUGGAUUUCAGUUGACACAUGCAUAGUCAUUUACAGUCGUUGUCCAUGCCUACAGAUAAUUUAUUUUGUACUUUUGAAUAAAGACAUUUGUACAUUCCUGA